GCUCUCAGACCCCACCUCCUGCCAGGUGCGCGCCGGCGGGAGAGGAGGACGCCUCUCUCCUCCCGGCACCCCACCAUGGGCAAUACUUCUAACGACUCCCAGUCCGAGAACCGCGAAGAGCCACGGUGGCUCCCCCCGGGCGAAAGCCCGGCCAUCAGCUCCGCGAUGUUCGCGGCCGGGGUGCUGGGGAACCUCAUUGCGCUGGCGCUCCUGGUGCGCCGCUGGCGGGGGGACUCGGGGCGCAGCGCGGGCCGCGGGAACUCCAUCUCGCUGUUCCACGUGCUGGUGACAGAGCUGGUGCUCACCGACCUGCUUGGGACCUGCCUCAUCAGCCCCGUGGUGCUGGCUUCGUAUGCGCAGAACCGGACUCUGGUGGCCCUGGGGCCAGACAGGAGCGUGUGCAUCUACUUUGCCUUCUCCAUGACCUUCUUCAGCCUGGCCACGAUGCUCAUGCUCUUCGCCAUGGCCCUGGAGCGCUACCUAGCCAUCGGACACCCCUACUUCUACCAGCGCCGGGUCACCCGCCGCAGUGGCCUGGCUGUGCUGCCCACUAUCUACAUAGUCUCCCUGCUGUUUUGCUCCCUGCCGCUGCUGGAACAUUGGAAGUAUGCCCAGUACAGCCCAGGGACGUGGUGCUUCAUCGGACACAAGCAGACCAUGUACCUGCGGCUUUACGCUACUCUGCUGCUGUCGCUCAUCAUCGCCGUGCUCGCCUGCAACUUUAGUGUCAUCGUCAACCUCAUCCACAUGCACCGCCGCGGCAGGAGAAGCCGCUGCGGACCCUCCUUGGGCAGCAGCCACAGGAGGGCAGAAAGGGUAUCCGUGGCGGAGGAGACGGACCAUCUUAUUCUCCUGGCUAUCAUGACCAUCACCUUCGCCGUCUGCUCCUUGCCUUUCACAAUUUUUGCAUAUAUGAAUGAAAACUCUUCCCGGAAAGAAAAGUGGGACCUCCAGGCUCUUAGAUUUUUAUCAGUUAACUCGAUAAUUGACCCCUGGGUCUUUGCCAUCCUGAGACCUCCUGUUCUGAGACUGCUGCGUUCAGCACUCUGCUGCAGGGAUUCUUUAAGAACUCAAGAAACAACACAAGCUUCCUGCUCUUCACAGUCAAACGCCAGUAAACAGAUUGACCUUUGAGGGCCGCAGUUAAGAAGUGCUAGUUAACCACCAUCUGGAAGACCAUUUUGAAACGGUUCCUUAGAGAAAUGGAAAAAAGUUAGUUUAUAAACACAAUGCCCUUACCCUGAUGAAACAGAGUAAACAAAUAUUUCAGGAGUGGUUUGGGCUACAGAUGUGCUGACCAGGCACUUCUUGGAAGGUGUCAGAAGGAUCUAUAAAACCUGCCCUCAAGGAGCAUGUUUAUGGUCUUUGGAGGAACAACCAACUGUAUUUAUAAUCCUGUGCCUUUUUGAUUUAAGCUUUCCUGUUGAAUGAGAAAGCAUGUAGUUUUGUAAUUUGUUUAAAUCCCUAAAUAGUUACUGUGUUUUCUAUUUUAAUCUUCUAGGCUAGUACCAUUGUAAACAUAACAAUGUACAGUCUAGCCAGAUAAAACUGAUGUAUUCUCUAGGAAGUGGAUAUGGGCAAGCAACCAAGCCUGGUGUCUUGUGAUUGCUUAUCAAGCCCUUUCUUUGGACAAUGAGUUUGAAAAUCCUGGGUACUUUGUACUGUAUGUUUGCCUAUGUGGGAGCAUGCUCUUGUCACGAUAGUAUUACUCAUAGAAGAGUAGGCUCAGGUGGUUAAUGUCAGCUUUUUCACCAUCCAUGAGAAGAUGUGAGUCAGAGUGUCAGGUUAUUUAUUUUAUAACAUCUGUCGAGCUAAUGGCAACUAAAAGGACUUAAGGAAUUUUUCUCUGAGCGAUAAAUAGUAGACUAUUAAGAGAAGUAAUUCUCAUGAAUAUUCUACUUUUUAUUUUCAGGGGAGGGUGUAUGUGGCUAUGUCUGAGGCAAAUAUUAGAAUUAAAAACUGAAAAAUCUGGUCAGUUCUUCAGUUACACUGAACUCUUUUAAUGCUGAUGUUGAGGCUGUGAUUAACAUACUUUAUAGGAUGAUUGUGUUGUAGCAAAAUUCAUCUGUCUGUAUGUUUAUCUGGGAAACAUGGCUUGACUCAUGCUGUAUAGGAAAUCAUACAGUGAGUCAUAUCUUAAUAUAUUUCUAAAUCUAAAUGUUUGGCAUUGUAUAAACUCAGCAUCAAAAUAUUUCAGUGAAUUUACACUGUUUAAUCAUAUCUUAGUUAUAGUAUAAACUCAUCUGAAAUGUUACAAAAAUAAGCUAUAAAACAAAAAAUUUGAAAAUGGAGUAGUAUGUGAUGAAUUCCCCCCAAAUAGCAAUUUAUAGUUUGUAUGGAUAUACUAAUUUUAAAAAUUAGAUAAAAGUGGACUUUUUAAACUUAAUUUAGCAGAUUUUUAAAGUGGGGUUGCAUUGCAAAUUAGAGUUUGAAAUAUUCAAUACAAUACUUGAUAUUAGAGGGAAAUUUUUCCCCUUAUAGCAUGAUCUUCAAUAUAGUGGACACUUUAUUUAUUAUUUUAUUUUUUGCAGUGAGUGUUAUUACAACAUAGCUGUAAUAAAAACCAAAAAAGAAUAUUAGUUUUUUCAAAGUCUCAUUGAAUUGCUUACACAAAACUAUUUCCUAUAAGUAGUUAUCAGACUAGAUGGUCACUUAAGAGUGAUUCCAAACCAAUUUAGAAAUCAGUGUAUUAGGACAGAAUCUAUAUCAAAUUAUCCCUUAUUUUAAAAAGAAUAAAUGAAUGGUUUGCUUUUGUACUAAUUUAAACAAACCAGGCUAAGUUUAACUUAGCUAAAAUCUGGAUGUGUAAAUAAAGCUUCCCUGUCCACCAAGAUAAGAAAUUGUUCUAAAUAAGACUAAUUAGGCUCAUGGGUAAUUCUUGAACAUAAAAUGCUAAAGUUACUCUGGAUCUGGAAGAUUAAUUUCUUUUAUCAGAUGACUUUUCUUCCUCCAAAUAAAAAUGUUACCUACAAUCAUUCACCCUACCUCAUCAUCCUCCCAAAUUUUCAAAUAAUGCCUGAGAAAUUUAAAAAGACAAAAAAAGCACAAACUUGUACAUAAUAUCACUAGUGGAAACAAAAUUAUUCACUCUGUGGUCCCAAAAUAUGAGUUUAAGCCAUUUAAGAACUAAUAGAUUUCCAGAGCUUUGUUUCCUAGUAUAUUCCUGUUCCUUGCACUGUGUUAAAUGACUAAAUCCUGAAAUUUUAUUUGCACUGAUAUUUACAUAGAAGGAAUUGAAAGUUAAAAUCCUAUGUAGUAGUAAAUUACUUACUAUUAUUGGAAAUUUCAAGGUAAUAGAAAAAUUAUUUAUAUUGGACAAGUAAAUAUUUCCUUUUUAAAAAUCACAUCACAUCAGACAUACCUGUUUAAGUUUGCUGACUCAUUUUCAAGUUAAAUAAAAAACACAGAAGUUAGUCUGGUAUAUCAGAAAACUGAAUUAUAAUAAAGGAAGACCUAGAUUUUAUUCUUUGUCCUCGACCAUCAGUGGAAUGAAAAGAGAGAAAAACUAUAGUGGAUAUUCAACUCAGUAUGCCGCAACUGAGACCUGGCCCCACUAAAUAAAUAAAUAAAUAAAUAAAUAACUGUCUUAAAAAAAAACAACAGGAUAAAUGUUCAUGUAUAGCUGAUUCCCUUUGCUGUAUGCAGAAACUAACACGAUACUGGAAAGCAACUCUACCUAACUUUAGGUGUCCAGAAAUGGGAUGGGCUGAAGCAGUUCUGUUCUGAGCUGAAUUGUUACUGGGUGGCUCUCUGUGGGGCUUCCCAGGUGGCCCUGGGGAUAAAGAACCUGCCUGCCAAUGCAGGAGAUG